GGGGGUUACUUGAUCAGUGUUGAAGGGGUUACUCGAUUAGUGUUAUAGGGGUUACUCAGUUAAUAUUACAGGAGUUACUUGGUCAUUUUAUAUGAAUUACUUUGUUUUUUUUUUAUAAGUGACCACACAGUAUGACUGACCACACACAAGACGGGCUGAUUAGCUUAUUAUUCCCCAUUCGCCCAUUAGGCAACAACGUUGACUCAAGUAAUAAAUCUCCAAUCUCAAAUCAAACAUCAAAAUUUGACACAUCUUUUUUCCCCAAAAGAGAAUAAAAUACAAAGUUUCUAGACAGUUCGAAAUUGAACCAACUAAUCUAACAAUUAUAGCAAUCAAAUUACAAAGGUACAACCUUUGCAAUUACACUUACUAAAAUUUCUCUCUCCAACUCAAAAAUGGCGGAAUUUCAGCUCUUACUCUUGCUCUUCUACUCUUCUUUGCUGUUGUUAUUACUUCCCUUUGCUCAAGCUGAAAUCUUAUUUGAAGAGACAUUUGAUGAUGGAUGGAGGGAUCGUUGGGUUAUAUCGGACUGGAAAAGGAGUGAAGGAAAGGCAGGUACAUUUAAGCAUACUGCUGGUAAAUGGGCUGGAGAUCCUGAUGAUAAAGGUAUCCAGACUCAUAAAGAUGCAAAGCAUUUUGCUAUAUCAGCAAAAAUUCCUGAAUUUAGCAACAAGAAUAGAACUCUUGUUUUCCAGUACUCAGUGAAAUUUGAACAGGAUAUUGAGUGUGGGGGAGGUUACAUAAAGCUUCUUUCUGGUUAUGUGAAUCAAAAGAAAUUUGGUGGAGAUACACCAUACAGUUUGAUGUUUGGACCAGAUCUAUGUGGCACACAAACCAAAAAGCUUCAUCUUAUAGUGUCCUACCAGGGGCAGAAUUAUCCACUCAGGAAGGAUCUGGAAUGUGAAACUGACAAACUAACACAUUUUUACACCUUCAUCCUUCGGCCAGAUGCAACAUACAGUGUACUGGUUGAUAAUCGUGAAAGAGAUUCAGGAAGCUUAUACACAGACUGGGAUAUUCUUCCUCCAAGAAAGAUCAAAGAUGUUAAGGCAAAAAAGCCUGCAGACUGGGAUGAUAGAGAAUAUAUAGAUGAUCCUAACAAUGUUAAACCUGAGGGCUAUGACUCAAUUCCACCUGAAAUACCUGAUCCUAAGGCCAAAAAGCCUGAUGACUGGGAUGAAGAUGAUGAUGGAAUUUGGCGAGCCCCAAAGAUCCCAAAUCCUGCUUACAAAGGGCCAUGGAAGCCCAAGAAAAUCAAGAACCCCAACUAUAAAGGAAAAUGGAAGACUCCAUGGAUUGACAAUCCAGAGUUUGAAGAUGACCCAGAUAUUUAUGUGAUAAGGCCUGUAAAAUACGUUGGCAUUGAAGUUUGGCAGGUGAAGGCUGGUUCAGUAUUUGACAACAUUUUAAUCUGUGAUGAUCCGCAAUAUGCAAAACAAAUUGUUGAGGACUACUUUGCCAAUAACAGGGAGGCUGAAAAGGAGGCAUUCGAGGAAGCUGAAAAAGAGAGAAAAGCUCGGGAGGAAGAGGAAGCUCAAAGAGCAAGGGAAGAAGGUGAAAGGAGGAGAAGAGAAAGAGACCUACGCCGGGGAGACAGAAGACGACAUAAAAGGCAUGACCCCCGUGAUUACUUGGAUGACUACCAUGAUGAACUAUGAGAACUUAAUCCAUCAUUUUUCUACAUUGGAGACCUAAAACAACAGAGGCUGUUUACAAUGCUGAACUCUUAUAUGGUGCUCUGAUGAUCCUCAAUUUGUAACAUUUUAAUUUUUGAUGUGUAUGCUUAGUCAAGUUAUUCAGAAAGAUAUCCUGCUGCCAUUUUGUGGCCUUGAGGAUCUUCUUAUGAACUAUGACUAAUGUAUUCAAGUAAUUUGUACUCCGAAAUUGGGGUAUGAAGAGUAGACUUGAAUAGAGCUAUUUAUAAUUUCCUUUUUCUCAAGUGUAAAUCUGUAAGCUUUGAUUGUUAAUCUGAUUGUAUGGAGAUAAAGUUAAUUACAAGUGAAAAUAGAGAUAUAUCCAAAGCAUUAUUUAUUGCUUC